AUGCUGCAACUAGCGUCUCGAUUGCGACGACUCUUGGCACAGCCUUGCCCUCAUUGUGCCUAUUCGACCACAUCAAGCGUUAAAACCACCAAGCAUAAGAGCUUUCCUUUCAGAAUAUGCUUUUUUAAUUGUGCCAAUGAGAUAAAGCCAACACAUUACAUGCGCCGUAUUCUUUUCCCAGAGUAUUCGCCCCGAACAUCAAGAUUCUUACUCAGUGCACCAUUUUACCCGCGAGGUACCGUCUAUGUAACCCUUGUAUGUAAACAUGAGUUUGUCACCAUUCUGUUCAGUUCAACUUUGACCACAACGUAA